GCUAAAUUGUUAGUUUUAGAGAGAAUGGAAAACAAUAUGUUGCAAACAAACUUUGGGGCCUCUAACUUACUCUUGCAUAGAAGGAGCAAGAAUGAUGACUUCUUUUCUGAUAUCCACAUGGAGGCGAAAAGGCUCAAAUUAUUUGGCUUUGAUGUGGAUCCUUAUGCCAAGGGUGAGAAAUAUAUGAAAAAAUUUGAAAGGCAGGGAAGUGUUAGGUCCUCUGACAAAGAAUUGUUGGGGAUGGAGAAAUCUUUUGAAGAGAAAAGUUCAAUAUGCGAACCAGCACAGAAGAGGUAUGUAUGUGUGUUUUGUCUUAAGGAGUUUUCAAGCUCGCAGGCAUUUGGAGGCCACCAAAAUGCCCAUAAGAACGAGAGGCUAAAGAAGAAACUAAUGCAGCCUCAGGGAGAGGGGGCUAGCUUCAAUGCUUACCUUCAACCUCUCCAAAGUCACAGUGGUUUCAUUCCCGGUCAUUCUUCCCCAUGUUUCAUUGACUUUUCUUCUUGUGCACCUGAUAUAACACACCACAAGGAGUCUCAGAUUGGCUUGAAUUCCUUGGAUCAAGAUCAAAACUUAUACAGUGGUGCAUCUCGUGUCUUCAAGCCGAUAGCUCAGGCUUCUCAUGGCCGAUUUGAACAACCAGCAGUCAUCAAACCUUUGCCAUCCUAUGUUUCAAAGAAAAGCUGUCAGAGUCUGUGUAUUCGAUUAGGCUUGCCCAAUGCAGCUCCUCCAGAAGCGCAUGCUAUACAGUUUGGGAAAUCUAAACAGUGCUUAUCCUUCUUCCCUUUUGAUUUUUAUGAUUCUCAAAGUGAAAAAGAUGGGUGAAGUAUUAUGGAAAGUCUCUAGGUAGGCAGUCUGAGACUGCAUUAUAACAAUAGUUGAUCAUAAUGUAUCUUUUUUCAAGCAAUCUCCCAUUUGAAAUAAAUCAAUGAUGCUAGAUUCAGCCUUAUUUAGAGUAUAUGACUUGUGACCUUGUACCCCUAUGUAACAUGAAUGGAUGAUUCUACCACAGU